UGUGAAGUUUGUGUGAUUCUCUGAGCUUUUGCGCGCGUCUGAUCGCAUCAGUCUGCUAAGUGCCGCCGUGUCGACUUAAAGACUCAUUUCCCACAAAAGGGAAUCUAAUUAUUUUCUUUUCACUUACACAUUAUCCGCCAACAUCGCCUUAUUCGCACCCGGGUGUCAAGAAGCGCGCGCGUCCCUCGGUCUUCUGCGCAUGCGCGCGUCUCUCUUUGAACCUCGCGCUCGUAAAGUUCUCGGGGUAUAAAAGAGACGUUUUGUCACACAGGAUAGAUAGAUGGAUAAGCUGAACGAAGACAUGGCGCGGAUCGAUGUCGAUGUGUACACGGCCAAAGUUUUGUCUCAGUGGGACUGGAGCAGAGAAGAAGAGGACCGGGCGUUUGGCGACUCUUGCAGCGCGUCCUCGCCGGAGUCCGCGUGCUCGUCCCCGGACGCGCGCUCCAGCAAUAGCGGAGGAUGCGAGUCGCAGCUGAAGCCCAAAGUGAAGAUGAGCGUGAAAAGGAGAAUGAAGGCAAGCGAACGGGAGAAGCUGCGCAUGCGCAGUCUUGCGGAGGCUCUUCAUCAGCUCCGGGAUUACCUGCCACCGGUGUACAGUAGGAGAGGACAACCGUUAACCAAGAUACAAACCCUCAAAUACACCAUUCAGUACAUUAAAGAACUCUCCAGCAUCCUCGACCAGCAAUCUGCGCAUGCGCGGCGCUGACGGGACCAACGGUCAACGACGGCUCUCUCUGUGUUGUGUAAUUUGAUCUGGUCACGUCAAACACAUGAUCAGCGUGU